CGGGGAGCCGAAGAACCAGCCGCCGGCAGAGCUGGGACCCCCCCUCCCUCAGCUUUCUCCGACGAUGCCGGACGAAGCCACGGAAAACGCCGGCUCCACCUCCGCCCGCGUCUCGUCCUUUUUCAUCGAGGACCUGCUGGGCACCGAGGGCACGGCGAGCGGCGGUUCUCGGCGGGCGGCUGUGGGCGGUGGCGGCCGCGGGGGUCCGCGCUGCGGGCCGCGCUCCCCGCUGCGCCUCGGCGCCCCGGGCUGCCCACUCCGCGACGCCGCUGUCGGGUGGUACCGCCGAGCUCACGCCGCCUUCCUGGGCUGCGCCAGCCCCGACACCAGCGACCGGGACUCUCCCGAGCUGCCCGAGGAGCCGUCGGAGAGGGCGGGCGGCGGCGGGCGGGCGGCGGUGCGGGGCCCAGCGGGAGGGCGGCCGGGACCAGGCGAGGAGGAAGAGGAGGAACGCGGCGAGGAACCCGGAGAACCGGAACAACGAGCAGCCGGCCGCAAGAAGAAGACUCGUACGGUGUUCAGCCGCAGCCAGGUCUUUCAGCUGGAGUCCACCUUCGACGUGAAGCGUUACUUGAGCAGCUCGGAGAGGGCAGGGCUGGCCGCCUCGCUGCACCUCACUGAGACCCAGGUAAAGAUCUGGUUCCAGAACCGCCGCAACAAGUGGAAACGGCAGCUGGCCGCCGACCUGGAGGCCGCCAACCUUUCCCACACCGCUCAAAGGAUAGUGCGGGUCCCCAUUUUGUACCACGAGAACUCGCCGGCGGGCGCCUUGGGCUUCACCCUGCCCCACAUGUCGCCUCCCUUGGUGGGCUUCUCCAGCGGCGUCAGCUACCCCCUGGGCACCUUCCCUGCCACCUCUCUCCCAUUCCUACGGUCGCAGAUGACAGGACUCGUCUGA